CAAUUAUUAUGUCGUUGUGUGUUCUCGUCCUCACAAAAGGGUGAAUAGUCUGAUCGGAACCGUCUGCAAUCCUACUUCUCAGAGAACGUCAGAAUCCGCACUUCAUAUCUUUCUGUUUCAGACCGGAGACAGAUUUCAACGUAUUCUAGAGAUCUGCGCAGCGCUAAUUGCCUCGUCAAAUAAAUCAUCAACCUACACGAGAGAUGUCUGUCGAGAUGAAUCCUGUCGUGAGGACGGGUGAAAUCAAAAAGGACCAAGGAGUCUUGGUUUUGGAGAAAGACACGUUCCAGGCUGCCAUUACUGAUAACAAGUUCAUCUUUGUUGCAUUUUAUGCCCCAUGGUGUCGUUUUUGCAAAGUUCUAGAGCCGGAAUACAUCAAAGCCGCGCAAAAGCUGAGAGACAUGAACUCCGACAUUCAGUUGGGCAAAGUUGAUGUCACAGAACAAGCCGAACUUGUCAAAGAAAACAAUGUUCGCCAUUGUUUCCAAUUUAAUAGAUAUUACAUAUCUCAUGACUCCGUCAGUACUCUCAGAUUCUAUCGCGACGGAAAGCCCUCAUACUAUAAUGGCUGUCAUACUGGUGAUGAAAUCGCCAACUGGUUGCUGAAGAAGACUGGCGCUUUAGCUAAAUCAAUCGCGACUGUCGAUGAAGCCAAGGAAUUCGCCUCAGCCAGCAACGUUGUCGUUCUCGGUUUCUUCAAGGAUCUCGAAUCUGAGGCUGCCAAGCAAUACCUCGCUGCUGACCAAGCAGUCGAAGAUAUCCCCUUCGGUAUCACCACCGAUGCUGAUGUCCUUAAACAGCACGGAGUAACUACCGAUGCCGCUGUCUUCCUGCUCAAGAAGGUCGACGAUCUCAAGGUUGCUUUCGAGGGUGAUAUCACUUCCGAUGCUAUCGUCAAAUUCGUCAAGACCGAAUCGCUCCCUUUGGUUUCCGAAUUCUACCAUUACUACGAUGAGAUCAUUAGUAGUAAGAUCAAGAAUCACUUGGUUAUCUUCGUUGGCAGGAGCCAUACCGAUGCCGAUAAAAUUACCCAAGCCGCCCGUGAUGUUGCCAAGCUUUUCAAGGGCAAGAUUUUGUUCGUCACCGUCGACACUGAUGAAUAUGUUCACGAAGAAUUCUUCGACAUGAAGAAAUGCGAACUCCCAGCAAUGCGUCUUAUACAUUUCGAAGAAGAGAGUGCGAAUAGGAAGAGAUACAAGCCUUCUUCUGAGGAACUUACUCAGGACUCGAUAAAGGACUUCGUUCAAGACUUCAUUGAUGGAAAAGUCAAGCCUUAUUUGCGCUCUGAAGAUACUCCAGAGGACUGGGAUAAGAAUCCAGUUAGAAUACAGGUUUCUAAUCCUCGUUUCUUUCCUGGUACUUACUCCGAUGUGAGGACUGAUGAAAUAAAAAAGGACCAAGGAGUCUUGGUUUUGGAGAAAGACACGUUCCAGGCUGCCAUUACUGACAACAAGUUCAUCUUUGUUGCAUUUUAUGUCCCAUGGUCUGGUGUUUGCAGAGCUCUAGAGCCGGAAUACAUCAAGGCCGCGCAAAAGCUGAGAGACAUGAACUCCGACAUUCAGUUGGGCAAAGUUGAUGCCACAAAACAAGCCGAACUUGCCAAAGAAAACAAGAUUCGUGGCUACCCCACUCUCAAAUUCUACCGCGAUGGAAAGCCCUCAGACUAUAAUGGUCGAUUAAAUUGUACUGGUGAUGAAAUCGUCAACUGGUUGCUGAAGAAGACUGGCCCUGCAGUCCUGCAGCCUAUUGCAACUGUCGAUGAAGCCAAGGAAUUCGCCUCAGCCAGCGACGUUGUCAUUCUCGGUUUCUUCAAGGAUCUCGAAUCUGAGGCUGCCAAGCAAUACCUCGCUGCUGCCCAAGAAGUCGAUGAUUUCCGCUUCGGUAUCACCGCCGAUGCUGAUGUCCUUAAAGAGUACGAAGUAACUACCGAUGCCGCUGUCUUCCUGCUCAAGAAGGUCGACGAUCCCAAGGUUGCUUUCGAGGGUGAUAUCACUUCCGAUGCUAUCGUCAAAUUCGUUAAGACCGAAUCGCUUCCUCUGGUUAUCGAAUUCAACCACGAAAGUGCCCAAAAGAUCUUUGGUGGUGAGAUCAAGAAUCACUUGCUUAUCUUCGUUGGCAAGAGUCAUGCCGAUGCCGAUAAAAUCACCCAAGCUGCCCGUGAUGUUGCCAAGCUUUUCAAGGGCAAGGUUUUGUUUGUCACCGUCGACACCGACGAAUAUGAUCACCAACGUAUCCUCGACCUCUUCGGUAAAAUGAAGAAAAGCGAACUCCCAGCCAUGCGUCUUAUCCAUUUGGAAGAAGAGAUGACCAAAUACAAGCCGUCUUCUGAGGAACUUACACAGGAUUCGAUGAAGGAUUUCGUUCAAGACUUCAUUGAUGGCAAAGUCAAGCCUCAUUUGCUCUCUGAAGAUAUUCCAGAGGACUGGGAUAAGAAUCCAGUUAAAAUCCUCGUCUCCAAGAACUUUGAUUCUGUCGCCUUUGAUAAGGAGAAGGAUGUAUUGGUCGAAUUCUACGCUCCUUGGUGCGGACACUGCAUUCAUUUGCUCCCCAUUUACAAUUUUCUGGGUGAAAAGUACAAGGAUCAUGAAAGCAUCGUUAUUGCCAAAAUAGAUUCCACUACCAACGAGUUGGAGCAUACGAAAAUCCAGGUGUUCCCCACAAUCAAACUGUACCAGAAGGGAGACAACAAGGUUGUCGAGUAUAAUGGUGAGCGAACUUUGGCCGGCUUGAGCAAGUUCUUGGAAACUGUUGGUACUUACGGACAAGCUGCUCCCGAAGAGGAGGACGAAGAAGAAGAGAAAGACGUUCCAGCCAAGGAUGAAUUAUAAAUUGUAUUUAGGUUUAAAUCACUACCUGGGGAAAGGGUUCUGACUUUGUUUUGUUUAUAUGUUCUGAAUCUUUCUGAAAUAUAUGUUAUGUGUGGCUGGAUAUCAGCUUAAAAAAUA